CACUUCUCUCAUUCUAUAAACAGCAACAAGAAUGGGCAUGUCCAGUUCAUUGUACCCUUGAUGGUGAUGCUGCUGUUGGACAAGGGGUGAUGCGGUACUUUGUGACAACAAUAAUAUCCAAACUCCAGUUUGGAUUCAGAGUAGAUCUUGGAGGAAUUAGUCGAACACUGCUAUUUGAGGGUGAACCGGACCAUCUGGUCCCAGCAACAUCAGAGGUACUUAUCGAGAGCAGCCUCUUCCGGGUUGCAGGAAGGAUGUUGGCCCACACCUUUUUGCAUGAUGGUCCCUGUGUCACAGGAUUAAGUCCUGCAAUAAUUCACGUGCUGUUUAAUGGUGACCCGGAAUUGGCAACUAUUGUUAUAGAAGACUGUCCUGAUCUGCACAUCAGGAGCAUCAUACAAAUGCUUGAACUCGAAGAACUUACUCAGGAACAGCAAGACACUGUCUCUGAUUGUUCCCUGUCUUGGGAUCUCCCAGCAGUAAAUAAAACAAAUCGGACAUGGUUGCAUAACAAACUUCUAGUGCAUGCGGUUAUUGGGAGAACCAUGCGCCAACUCAAACAGCUGAGAAAGGGAAUCAAAGAUGUCAUGGUAUGGCCCCUGCUGACAAGUAGGCCAGAUGUUGUCCCGCUUCUUUUCCCACGAAUGGCAGAAAUGCAGUUCACACCACAGAUGGUAAUAGACAAAAUCACAUGGCCAGCUCAGGAUAGUGAUGAAGAUGAGGAAUUUGAUGUUGAGUCUAUGUGCCGCAUCACUGGAUUUCUACGGAUCUUCAUUGAAACGGCUUCAUCAAGUAGACUGGCCCAACUGAUGAAAUUCUGGGUUGGCUGGGAGAUGCUUCCUCCUGAACUCAAUGUGGAGAGCUCUGGGGGCACCUUUCCAACAGCCUCUACGUGUUUUGAAAUGCUAAAGCUGCCAGCUCGUUUCCAGACAUACCAAGACUUCGAGGAAGUACUUAUUUCUGCAAUAAAUAGUGCACACACAGGUUUUGGACUGGUUUAAGAAUUUUCAGGCUGAAAAUUUGCCAUGGUUCAAACAGAAAGCAAGCAAAGGGGAAUGAAACAUGUUUAAUGUUUCACAUGUUUAUAAAAAGCAAUUUUACAUUUUGAUAUAAAAUGGGAGAGACAGUUAGCAGUUCUGCAUCCCAAGCUUUCAUGUCUUACUUUUUUUUCCCAAUUACAACAAAACAAAAAUUAUAAUUUUAUGUUAACUAAAAAGUUAUGUGACAAAUGUCAUGAUGGGAAAAACUUGAAAGAAAGGAGCUUUAUGUGAGGGAAGCAAAUUGUUUUACAUUGCAUAUCUGUUUGUUUUAGCAUGCUAAAUAAAAAGCUUGGGUUGUAUAUCAGUCUCCUAUGGUUCUUGACAGAAUUUGGACUGUCUCCAAGUAUGAUCCAAUUGCAUCUGUUAAAGAAACUCCUGAAACUGGCAAAGUAGCAAGCUCUUCAUCUGAUAGCUCACGGCCCAGCUGAAUGUCAGGUACUGAUGUAGUGCCUCCAUGGUGAGUGUGAGGCCCGUUCCAGUCGAUCCCGUAGUCUUCAGAAACCUGAACAUGGAAUAAUCCUGAUUAGUGUUGUAGUUACAGCUACUUUAAUAAUGCUUUAGGUC